UGUGCAUUCAAAGUGUCACUGAAUCCGUUAGUUAGCAACUAGAUUUGUUUAUUUUGAUUGCAACGAGAAAAUUGUUAGUACCUAAAAGUAAAUAAUGCAUUAUGACCAAAAUUCCGACUUCAUCUGAAGAGAAACUGUUACAAGAGCAUGGCUACAAACUGAUCAAGAAGAUUGGAGAAGGUGGUUAUGCUAAAGUGUUUUUAGGCGAAUUCCGCUCGAAGAACACGGAAAAGGUUUACCCCCUGGCGUGUAAAGUGAUUAAUACUAAUGGAGCCCCCGAGAAAUAUACAAACAAAUUUUUGCCCCGUGAAAUGAAAAUUCUUGUGAAAAUCAAUCAUCCCCAUAUUAUUCAUAUUCAUAGCAUUUUCCAGCGGAAUAAAAUAUUUUUCAUAUUUAUGAGAUACGCAGAAAAGGGUGAUCUAUUGGAUUUUCUUUUAGCUAAUGGAGCUUUGAAGGAACGUCAAGCAAGGAUCUGGGUCCGUCAACUGGCAUUAGCUUUACAGUAUCUCCACACCCUGGAAAUAGCGCAUAGAGAUAUAAAGUGUGAAAAUGUGUUAGUUACGAAUAAUUAUAAUGUGAAAUUAGCGGAUUUCGGUUUUUCCAGAAGAGUUCUGGAUACCGAUGGUAGACGGCUUACAAGCGAAACAUUUUGUGGGUCUUUACAAUAUGCCCCGCCGGAAAUAAUAAAGGGGACACCGUAUCACCCUAAGGUAGCGGACAUGUGGUCUUUUGGGGUAGUUAUGUUCACCAUGCUAAAUAAAGCGAACCCUUUCAAUGAGAAAAAUCAUCGAACUCUGCACUCACUACAAGUGAACAAAAAGUGGAAAUUUCGAUCUCAAGUGGCCAAUAAUAUAUCACCGGAAGCAAAGGAUUUGGUAUCAAACCUUCUAGAACCAGUUGCAACCAAACGUUUCUCAAUAGACGAAGUAAUCAACUCAAGCUGGAUUGCAAUGGAUCCGAAAUUGAAAUCACUGAAUGCAGCUGAAUUCGCAGCUAUAUCAGCGGCUAUGGAAGAAGCACAGGGCCUGCAAGCUGAGAAGGCCCAAAUGGUCAGGAGCGUAUCAUUCAACCUGAGAAAUAUUACCAAGGACAAAUUGAAACUACAUAAGGCUCACCUAGGGACACAGAAUGAAUUCGGACUUGCUAAGUCGGAGAUAAAUAAAAAAGAUGACUAGAGAAUUGAUUUGUUUUAUAGUAGAAGAGAGGAUGUGUAUUUAUUUUAAAUGGUAUUUAUUUGAGGUCGAAUAAAAAAAUCAUAUUUCUAAUAUCAA